CGACAAUGAUUGACGAUGACAACACCAACGACCCCAACUCGGAAUUUCUUCCCUCCUUCCCCUUUCCUGACUUUGCGAUCUACUCGGCGGCAUAUUCUGGUGCUAUGUGCUCGGUAUCGGAGGGAAAAGAGGCAAAAGGUUGUAAAUCUGGUUCAGACAUUGCCAUUAAUCAUGAGAUCUGUUGAUUCUUCUCCUUUACUCCUCAGGCCAACAUGGUUGUAGAUUUUGGUAUCAAACAACGACAUAUGAGCUCCAGAUCACCGCGAAUUGAAGAAGUAGGGAGGGAUUACAGAUGUGGAUGGACCACUUGGGAGAACGACGGCAGGCUGGUCAAUGCUUCUUCCUUAUCCCUCUGUACACCAUCGACAAUAAUGAUGGAGAGGAGUUGUCGAUCUCUACGUUCUCGGAGCUCGUUGACCCAGCGCAACUCAGGCGGUUGCUAGCCUCAGCUCAGGGGCGAGCAUCGCGGUUCGAAGUCGUUUACAUCUAUACUAAUCUUGAGAAGAUCCAGCAGAUGUCGAGCUCUUGGUGGAGGAGAUCCGACAGAGAAGAUGAGAGGAAGAAGAAGGAACGAAGAAAGAGGGGUGACGGGGUAAUUGUGGUAAAUUUGAGUUGUUUAAGCUAAUAAGAGAACUUUCUCGAUUCCGCGCAUCUUUUUAUUCAAAAGGAUUUUCGAGUUCAAUUGCGAGGUUGUUUUAGCUAUUAGCAGCAUAAAAUCCUUCUCAUGUACUGACGCUUGGCUAAUGAGAUAAGGUAGUUAGCUUACUUGCUUCUUAGAGAACAGGUAGUUUACUACCGCUACAAUACUAUAUUCCAACAUCUUACUGCCAAAGAAAGAAAGAGAAUAAGUAUCUUGAACAAAA